CCCCUCCAACUGUCAUAGAACCCACCCCACCCCCAGCUGCUACCUAGCCCAAAUCCCUGAGUGCUGUCUGGGGACAGACAGAAAGCCAGAGCCACAGAUAGAGGGGCACAUAGCCUUAGAAGCCACACUGACAGGUAUCCGGGAGGCCAUGGGAGUGCCUGGAAGUAAAGGCUGAUGCAAAUUAAGUACAUUCAGAGACUAGCCCCAUCCUGCUCUUCAACAUGAACCAGAAAUCCUCUGGCCUCCAAAGCAAAGAGACAGAAGCUCCCAGUGAAACCCAAGAUCCUCUGAAAGUGACCUCGAGCCUCCUAGAUGACACCCAAGGUCAGAAGACCAACACAAAAACUCCUAUGCCCAUUAUCCACACUCGCAAAUUAAGCAGCGUGGACCCGUCAACAUCCACACCUAUGACCCGAAGGGUUAGCAUCCAGGAACCACCAGCAUCUCUCUUUCUCCCUCACAGGGUCAGUGCGCCGUGUUCAUCAUCCCUAUCCACCAUUCUCCCUCGAAGGUUAAGUACUCAAGAGACCCUUUCUCAGGGUUCCCAAUCCAAUAUCCAAGACAUACAGUCUGUGGCCUACAAUCGAUGGCUCAGUUCCAGAGAGACUUCUUCCCUUUCUCAUAAUCACCGGCUCAGCAUCCUAAGCUCUCAUACCCUGUCCGGUGCCCUGUCAGAAAUCCACAGCUCACAAAGCGAAACUGAAAAACACCCCUCUACAACCCAGUCCUAUAUCCUCAACAGAAAACAAGUGCGGUCCAGUGUGGACGUUCCACCGUCCAUAACCCAGAGCCCACAGGCCAGCAUCAGAAGUUUCGAGUCCUUUGUCUGGGACUCCAAAGAGAGCUUGGAGAAAGAGUUGUCAGACGACUCUAUGUCCGAUCACAGUACUCUAGACAGCUCCUCAAAACUGUCCAGCAUUUCUACUAUAGUGAACUCUAAUAGGGCUCAGAGCAAAUACUGGACACUGCUUCCCAUAGGCUGGAGGCUGUUGCUCGAAGCCAAGAAGAUCAGCAGACACCUUAGCCUGGUGUUGACUGUGGCCGGCAUGGUGAUGCUCAGCCUCAUCGCCUUAUGGAUGCCCUGGAUCCACUUUCAAGUGCCUCUAGUACCCCCAGGGGACCCCGCUGGCCCCAAAACCAUCCCCAUCGACACCACCUUCUUCAUGCGCUGCCCUGACAUCUCCUGCAUGAAUGAAUAUGAUAAGAAUGCAUAUUUGCUGGACAUAGCCUGGGCCUGCCUCCUCAUCUCCGGUGUCAUGAGUUUCUGUGUGUGCAUGGGUCUCAUCAGCACUAUAUUCUUCCCUAGCACUAACCUGCCCUUGAUGGACUUCUCUCUCUUCAUCUGCAGCCUCCUGACAGGGGUCAACAUCAUCCUGGGUGUCCUGUUCUACCUGAUGCAAGCCCGAAAGUUCCUACAGGAAGGUGUGACCUACACGUUGGGGAGCAGUUUCUACCUUGCCUGGAUCAAUGUCUUCUUUUUCUUCAUGAUUGGUCUGGCUGGGCUCUGGUCUCUUCUCCUAUCUGAACUACAUCAACUUCUGGUCUAUCCUGUCACUCCAGGCCUCAUGGUCUUAAGACAUGACAAUGAACCAACACCAAUGGUCUGUCUGCUUAGGCUGUCAACUGCCUAUACUCCUGACAAUCCACCCCUAUACUGGAGUUAUGUAACUUCUGACUUCCCUCAACCCAGAAUACUAAUUUACAUUUUAAAGAAAAAUAUCUUCUGCCCAGAAUAUUUCUUUAUUUGGCUCUGUAUGUUGAACAAAGCAUUUCAUGGAACUGCCAUAUUUCCUUACCCCUACCUUGUCCAUCUUUGCCCUCCUAAGUAGAAGCAUAGAAAAGAC